AUGCAUCAAGACUACGCCUCUGAUACCAUCCUCACUAAAUUUGCAAAAGCCUUUGAUAAAGUUUUGCACGUCAGACUUUUACACAAACUUAAGGCCUAUGGUAUAAACGGCAUUGUCUUGGACUGGGUAGCAUACUGGCCAACGAAUCGUUAUCAACGAGUUGUAAUUGGCUCUGUCCUUGGUCCACUUCUUUUUAUCUUAUAUAUAAACAAUUUGCCGGACUAUAUUACUCAUCGCAUAGAGAUUUAUGCCGAUAUUUGCAAAACACAGGCAGUUCUAAAAUCUGAGAAGGACAAAAGAAACUUGCAAAUUGACAUAGAUUACUUAGUAGAUUGGUUGCAUAAAUGGAAUAUGCCUCUCAACUUUGAUAAGCGUAAAGUUAUGCACGUCAGGCUCAAAAUAUUUCCAAGCUUUAGACUCAUUAUAAGUUGCAUCUUUCCGAAAAUUAAAACAAAGUUUAUCAUGCCCUCUCUAUCAGAUAUAAAGAAUCUGUUUCCUACAAAACUUCAUGCUGUUAUAUUUGUUGGUUACAUGGGGUUGUUCAUCAGUCAAGGGAUACUUAUUACUGCAACUAAAGAUAAUGAAAAUAAUUAUCCAUACAAUCCAACAACUCUUGUUUUACUGUCAGAAUUUCUGAAGUUUUUUGUAUCAUGUGGUUUACACAUUAAAGAUGUUGGUGUACAAUCACUUUUUCGAGACAUAGUAAAACAUUCAAAUGUCUUGCUGUUGUACAUGAUCCCUGCUUUCCUAUAUUGCUUGUACAAUAAUUUGGCAUUUACAAACCUUCGUUCUUACGAUCCGACUACAUAUUUUUUGUUGUUGCAAUUUCGAGUUGUGAUAACAGGAGUAAUCUUUCAGUUCUUAUUUAACAAGAAGCUGAGUAGAACUCAAUGGUUUUCUUUAAUUCUUUUGACCGUUGGCUGCAUUAUUAAACAUCUACAUUUAAGUAAAGAAACCGGUUUGCCGAAAAUUAGUUUUACAUUAAACAUGAGUUUGCUGAUGAUACUUCUUCAGAUAUUUUGUUCUUGUUUUGCUGGUGUCUAUAACGAAUAUCUACUUAAAGACAAAGGAGAUUCGGCACCAUUUAUGCUUCAGAAUGUGUUUAUGUAUACUGACUCAGUCAUAUGUAACGUUUUAUUGUUAAGCUAUAGUGGUGAGAUUUAUAAUGUAUUUUUGAAGAAAAACAUUGAUUCUGUUUUACAUCCGAUAGUUUUAACUGUUGUUUUGAACAAUGGAGCAAUCGGUAUAGUCACUGCUAUGUUUUUAAAAUCAUUAAAUUCAAUCUUGAAAACAUUUGCUAGUGCCUUGGAGUUGAUGUUUACUGCAAUUUUAAGUUGGAUUAUAUUUGGAAUUCCUGUUAACUUUAUGACAAUUGUUGCUAUAGGAAUAGUUUCUUUUGCGACUCUACUAUAUGCAAAGAAUCCUGUUGAUAAUACCCCAAAAACAACUGGGCUAUCAAAAGUGUAACAUUCAUUCUAUAAGUUUUACUCAGGACUAAAA